GCAAAAUAUUGCGGGAAAGAUGAGUGUUGAAAGUGACAUUUACAGUCACGUUAUGUCCGAUCGAUUCAGCUAAAUAAAAAUCUGUUUCAACAUGAGGACUUUAGAAGAGGUUCAAGCUACACUGGAAAUAGCUAAAGUGAAAGAGGAGGACCUGCAGUCCACAGCUUACUGUCUCACUUUUGGAGAUAAUGUAUCGUCCGGUGACUACUGUCUGAUGGAGCUGGAUGAGACACUUUGCAAACACAUUGAAGCAGGCAAAAGUCUUAUCAUCAGAGGCGAUAAAGAUGAGCACGCGGUUCUGUGUAGCGAUGACAAGACGUACGACCUGAAAAUUGCGGACACGUCGAAUCUGCUGCUGUUUGUUCCCGGAUGCAAAACUCCAGAGCAACUAACGUUACCUGACAACUCUACUCAACUCGUGCAUGCACAGAUUUGGGGUUUUUCAAAUUGUUACUGGGAGUUGAGGAGGCACAAACCAAAGUUAAAGAAACUUAAGAAACUUCUUAUGGAGAAUCCAUAUAAUGGUCCACUGGUUGGCGUGCAAGAGGAAGAGCCAGGACAGAAGUACGCGAUAUAUGAACUUCUCGAAAGAAUCCAAGCAAGUAAAGAAGAAAUUGAAGCACACCUCCAGAACAUUCAUGCUUGUGAAAUUGAUGGUUUUUGGAGGCUCCUGGAUUUUGAUUAUGAGAUGAAGCUUCUGAGUCAUGUGACCCAGCUGGCGGACUCCGAGUCUUGGUCUUUCAGCAAAGUUCCUCUCAGUGUCUGUCUGGAAGAGCUGGGACCUCUUGAGCCAAAAGCAAUGAUAGAACAUUGUCUCAACUGUUACGGAAAACGCUACAAUAACGAAGAUGGUCAGGUGAUGUACGCAUUGGACGAGGAUAAAGUAUGCAGGGCCACGGCUCAGCUACUACUGCAAAACGCUGUGAAGUUUAACCUGUCAGAAUUCCAGGAGGUGUGGCAGCAAAGUGUUCCUGAGGGAAUGACCACUAGACUGGAUCAGCUCAGGGGUUUGGCUCUGUUAGAUCAAAGCUCUAAACCCGAGACCAUUUCACUGCUACGUGUUGAAGAUCUACCUGAGGACACACUGGAACGAUUCAACAGUCUCUUCAGCCUGAGACAGAAAUGGACUCAAGAUGAUAUUGAGCCAUAUAUACACGAUCUCUGUGGAGAAAAGCAGACCACUGGAGCACUCCUGACCAAACACGCCCGCUCGUCCAUGCUAAAUGGGAAAAAGGUCUAUAAUUCAAGAAGACCAGUAGCAACUUGACUUUAAAAUAUAAUUUUGUAAAAGCAUUGAAUGUUUUGAAUGUACAAUUUAUAAACACUUUAAAUGUUACUGUUAUGCUUUGUGUGUGUUGUUACGUGUACAUGCCUGCACAAAAUUGGUUGUACUGAAGAGUGUGCUUCAACAAUUGAUACUUAAAAAUGCCAACUAGAACUAGGAAAACCUGCAAAUAAAAGGGAAUUCUGAACCCGAGAACUUUUUCCCCCAUUGUUUGUAUUUCUAUACUAUGGAGGACGAGAAAUGACUUGAGUAUAAAUACAUAAAUGAAUAUAUUAAUACAUGCAUAAAUAAAUAAACACAUGCGUAAAUGCAGGAAUAAAUAAAUAAAUGCAUGCAUAAGUAGAUAAAUACACAUGCAUGCAUGUAUAAAUAAUUAAAUCAAUAAAUGUGUAAAUAAAUA